AGUGCUCAUGAAAUGUGAAAUACGAUUUGAACAUACACUUCGCGGCGGUAUCUACUGGAACUGACCCAGAAAAAGUAAAUCUUCUUUAUUGCACCACGUCGGUUACAGAUACAGUCGUGGCAUGAUGAUUGAAGAUGAAGUUCGUUUGAAAAAACAACUUUAACUGUGGCCUCCUCUUCGCAUCAGUUUCAGUGCCGCAUCGCAAUCUAGUGAUCGUAUUGAAGGGGUAACACCACAAGUGCUUUCUCUCCUUCCCUGAAUUCGCUUUCGGCUUUGUUUGAGGAGCUUUCUUUAACUCCACCUAGAAAUUCCUGUAGAAAUAACAAGAAGCAUGGCAGCCUUGGUCCGCGGCACAGGUGGCAGGGUGUUGGGGCGAAUGCUGUCCUCAGCCUCAACAGCGACCACGCGACCAUGUCCACACACACGAACAAUUGCGAACGCAACCGCCGGCACAAACUGUGGUUCCUCAACAUCAAUACUGACAGCUUCGGGGCAAAAGUUGCUCCAGCACGGUGGAAAAAGCAUAAGCAGUGCGGGAUCCCUAGUUCAAAUGAAACCAAAUAACUUCGGAAGAAGAGCAUUUAGCGCGACCUCAGCGGGCAGUUCGCACGAUGGAGCAGGUAUCAUACUGAUUUGAAAUUUGUGAUGCUGUCACGACGCGGAUAGGGUCGUAGGAUUGAAGAAGUCAUGCAGCUUCCCAUGCGCAACAUACAUUCCCCUCGACUUAGAAUGCGAGAGGUUUGUCAUGCAACGUGCCAAUCACGACGCCGUCGUCGCCACAAUUCUCCAGGUGAAAACAAAUCCGAGUCCAGCGACAGUAAGAGCCGCAAGUAUGAGCACGAAGAAGAUGACUACGAGGGCCAGGACACUCAAUCCGCGGAUAAGCGGGUCGGCAACCCCAUCGCCUGGGCCAAUCCCAUGGCCGGGCCGACGCUCGACGACCAUAGCUCUGCGAAAUGGACCAAUGUGUAUCCGAUCGGAGCGGCACUGAUCCUGCUGGGCUGCUUGUAUUCCAGGAGAAAAAACUUGAAGAAACAGGAAGAAGAAGAAGAAUUGCUGGGAGGCAGCGGCGUCGAUUUUAAUGUAGCUGGAGGAAUUGGGAGCGUGGUACUUCUGUUGAUUUCUGUUGAUGUACCUUUUUGUGCUUGUAGCUCUUUCGCAACAGUCAAAUCAGAAGCAUGAUCGAGGCUGCGUACAACUGUAAUUCUCAUUUUGAGAAGAUAUCUGCAUGACAAAUGCAAAUCUGAAAUCUGUUAUAUCAACUACAGGGCGGGUCCCGGCCUUCGAGCAUGGAGCUUGGCCGAUUCUCUCCGCCUCCGCGCAUGUGAACGAAGCAGGAAGGUGGAGUGGCAUGUCAAGCAUGCAAUCUAGCGAGCUCGAAAGCGACAACGACGGCGACGAGUUUUUUUUCUUGAAGCGACCCCAAUCACAUGAAACCAGAUCAUUUCUUGUUCUUCUUCACAGCGACACAUGAUUCUCUUCAUCCCAAGAGUACACAUGUUGUAACGUCGAAAAGAAAAAACAUAAACAUGAACACACGCGGUCUCGUUCUUGGGUCGCUUAUCUGCAGCUCGUCAUCUGCUGGCAUGGUGUGUUCGGAUUGAGUAGAUGAUCGGUUGUAGAGUAGUGUUUUAC